AUGUUGUUCUUGUCCUUAAGUUGCAUGACUUGUACAAAAAGGGAAAAAAAAUGCAGAAAACUUUAUCAUGUUAAGUUGUUAAUUUCUUGA